CAGCAAACGCAAACAAUUGUUUGUUGAAUGUUCCCUAUUUAUGAGAGAAGGAGGAAACUCAGUGCUGUUAAAAUUCACUGAUUUACCAGACUGCAGUGAGUCUUGAAAUAGAGAAUUUGAAUGUUGGAGAUAUCAGAUACUGGUGUUAUUAAAUAGCCAUAUAUUAAAGGUGACACAGCGGUUUUGGCAGGAGCCAGCUUUCACCUGGACUGAACUAACGAGAACAAUACAGGGCACUACCGUGCUGAUACUGUUUCUACAAUAUCGUAAAGCACAGAGCUUCGGCAUGAGAGCUUCAAUAUGAAGUUCCAACAAAAUGCAUAUCUACUGCUUUUGAUAUAUGUACUCGUUUUCAAUUCCAACGCAUGGAGACGUCGCCGCCGCCGUCGUCGUCGAGCAAUAAUAGGCUGUUCCACACAACCACCUAACCAAGCCUUCAGCUACCUGACCGGCUGUACUUCACCAUACACACACGGGGAGACAUGCCACUACGAGUGUCAUACCGGGUACUACAGAACAUCUGGUGGCAACGACUUGACUUGCUCAAUGGGAUCAUGGAUUGGCGAAAGAAUUCAGUGCAUGCCUUUAGCCCGUCUGCACCUCCAACCCCAGCAUUCAGCUACAAAAGCGGCUGUUCUUCCCCCUACUUGCACGGGAAGACGUGUUACUAUGGGUGCCGCUCUGGUUACUAUCCAGCCUCGGGAAACACGGAAAGGACGUGUAAUAAUGGGGUAUGGACUGGAGAUAAACUUGAAUGUAAGAAAGAGAGUUUAUUCUCCAAUGCCGGGAGUUUAGAUGUCGAAAUGGUCUGGACUUACCGACUGGAAACUGGCAUCACACCCCUCUUUGAGAAUUGGAAGAAACUACCAAAUACAGGGAUAGCAAGUAGGACCACAGUGAACGUCUACACGUCAGCACUUUACAUGGGACGAAUAGAGCUGUUCGGACAAGCUAGCCUAAGGCUGAAAAAUACAACAGCUGCUGACGAGGGAAUCUACCAACUGUUCACAGUGUUCUCCGAUGGCACUUCGCAGUCUGUCACUGUAUCUGUUGAAGUAGACGACCCGUGUGAGAAUAAUGACUGUUCCUCCGAUGGCGGUAGAUGUGUUCCACAUGGCUACAAUUUCACCUGUUUCUGUGGUCCUGGUUAUGUUGGUGACGGAAGGAUUUGCAUAGAAAUAACGCCAAGGCAACCAUGGACGACAGAUGCUACUAGUACUGCACCCGCAGAUGGUUCGACGACGGGAACUACUCUUUUCACAACUACAGAUUCACAGACCACAGAAAUAACGCCAACACAACCAUGGACAACAAAUGCUACCACACCCACAGAUGGUUGGAAGGCGGGAACUCUUUACACAGUUACAGAUUCGCAGACCACAGAAGACAAUGAAGUGACGAAAGCAGACCAGGGAUCAGUUGCAAAGCUUCAUUUGAACUACAACAACACAUCUAACAUGAAUGUUAUAUUUGAGGCCUGGUGGUUCAAAACGAAUGGCAAUGACCUGAUCGCUAGUCGCGUACAUCCUUUGAACGCAUCCAUAUCUCCAAGUUAUGAGGAUCGAUUGGAAGUUUUUAGUGACGCUAGCCUUCUAUUGAAAGCAGUGGAGCUUAGAGACGCUGGGACCUACCAAUUGCUGGCUGCCUUCGAUGAUGUUUCAGAAUCAUUGAGGAAGGACAGACACCUUGUAGUUCACUACCCUCCGAAAGAUGUGGACAUCACUCCAAGUAUGACUGCUGCAACGGGAGACCGAGUCAUACUGCGUGCUCACACUAGCUGUCACCCGUCAGCUAUGUACUCUUGGACAAAAGUCAACGGUUCCCUUGACGGAAAUUCGAUCGUGAACAGCAGUACUGGAACACUAACAUUGCUUAAAGUAGCCGUAGAAGACGGUGGUACAUACGUUGUCGACGCUGGCAAUUACCUGGGAAGCGCAUCGAAUGUUACAGUCUUACGGGUUGAGGACUUUGAAGAGCCUACACCAGACGAGACCUUCGAUGAAUUAGUGCCAAUUGCAGUAGGACUGGCUCUGGUGAUAUUGUCUAUGGUGGCAGGAAUUCCUGUAUAUCGGUGGAUUAAGAAGCGGCAAAAUGAAAGACCUGUUGAAGACAUGACAGUUGAAGAAGUUGACUUCCAAUCGGAUUUGCAACGACUGCCGUUUCCUGCCUCCGUACCGCCUCGGCCACAGUUCCUCACCUACGAGAUCGAUCGAGCCGAUUUUGAACUGAAACAACAGAUUGGUAAAGGGGCCUUUGGUAUCGUCUAUCUUGCCUCUUUGAAACGCGACGUCAAUGGUCAUCUCACCACAAAAGACGUGGUGGCGAAGACUGUCAACGAGGAUGCAGGAGAAGAGGAAACAAAAACAUUCAUACGAGAGAUCGACACUACUAUUAACCUGAGGCAGCAUGUCAACCUGCUGGGUCUGAUUGGCUGCUGUACAGUGUCACGCCCUCCCUACCUGCUCACGGAAUACAUGCCGUAUGGAGACCUGAAACAUUUUCUACUCAAGUGCAGGAAGCCAGAGGAGAGGCUCCGGGACAGCAUGUAUAACUUCACAGAGAUGAAAGUUUACCAAGUUGCACGACAGAUAGCAAGUGGAAUGAUAUUUAUUGCCCAAGCUGGAUACAUCCAUGGCGACCUGGCUGCCAGGAACAUUCUAGUAGGGAAGAAGCUUCUUGUGAAGAUUGCAGAUUUCGGGCUUACCACAGACAUCUAUGAGAAGGGUUACCAGCGGCAGGACGGGGAACAGAAGAUCCCCCUGCGGUGGAUGGCACCAGAAAGGCUGCUACGUGAGGGGCGAUACACCAGCAAGAGCGACAUAUGGUCAUUUGGCGUUGUGCUGUACGAAGUCGCCACUCUAGGGAACGUUCCAUACCCAGGUCGAGAGCGCACUCUUCUUGAAGACCUCCGCACAGGGUACCGAGAACCAUGCCCUCCUGGCCUCCAAGAAGACUUGUAUGCUAUGAUGCUGCGGUGUUGGCAAUGGGAAGAAGACGACCGGCCUGAGUUCCAGGAGUUAUAUGACGAACUGGACGCUGUUGUAGACUCCAUGGCGUUGGAUUAUGUAAGACCUCGUUCCAGCUCGCCAGCUCGCCAGGCUGAGGUUGAAGAAAUACCUUCAGAAAGUACUUACGACAUCCCGAAGGCCGCCAGAUUGCGGCUACAAAUCGCUAAUAAUGACAGCGGCGAGGAAGAUCAUGUAGAGUUGGAAAUGGACUCCUUGUAAACUUUCAUAAUUAUAUAGAUCCAUAUCUACAUGGAAUGAUUUGCACUGUAAAUAAUUGUAAGUAUUCGUAUGUGUUACGUAUGUCAUAUGUGUACCUUUAUGUCCAGGAAGAUUAGCAGUGUACAAUAUUUGAUUUUGUAUCACAGAUAAUGGACAAAUAAAGCCUCUCAAAGCCUCUAUUCCUCAAACACAAAGCCUUGAAAACAGCAGGAUGUUUAUACUGGUGACAUAUGCGACACGGACAGAAAGGAAACAUGCAUGUAAAUUCCUUGCGUGAACUAAGCAGAACAUUACAUAGUGAGUAGAAAAUUCUAUGACAGUGAAAAAAUAAAGCACGCGAAUUAUUUAUUUACUUUAAACUUCUAUCACGAACGUUAACUUUCAAGAUAAAUAGAUGUAAAGCGUUAAAACUUAAAAAUGAACUUGCCAGCUGAAUGCA